GAGAUCGAGGAAGCCAAGCAGAGGCACACUCGACCUGGCUGCACUGCUACCUAGCUGCACCUGGCUGAAGAUCGAUGUUGAUGAAGAAGAUGGCAACGAGGGGUGCCCUGGCCAUGGGCCUGCUGCUCGCCGCCGUGUCCACGGCGGCAGCAAUGGCGCCCAUGGAUGGCGAUGAUCUGUUGGUGGAUCUCCAGCUGCAGCAAGAUCCGUGCCCGCAGGUGGAGGACAUGGUGCGCUCUGCCGUGCAGGCGGCGCUCCGCCGGAACAUCCAGCUCACCGCCGGACUCCUCCGCAUCUUCUUCCACGACUGCUUCCCGCAGGGUUGCGACGCGUCGGUCCUUCUUGCCGGCGAGCGGGACGUUCCGCCCAACGGCGGGUCGCUGCAGCCGGAGGCGCUGCAGCUGAUCGAGGACAUCCGCAGGGAGGUGCACGGCAAGUGCGGCGGCCCCAAGGUGUCGUGCGCCGACAUCCUCGCGCUCGCCACCAGGGACGCCGUCGUCGCCGCCGGGCUGCCCUUCUUCCCCAUCACCCGCGGGCGCAUGGACAGCCGCGCGCCCGCUCCCGACGUGCUCCGGAACCUCCCGUCGCCCUUCGCCUCGGUGGACGAGCUCCUGGACCUAUUCCGGCGCAAGGGCCUCGCCGACCCCGCCGACCUGGUCGCCCUCUCCGGCGGGCACACCGUCGGCAAGGCCGGCUGCGGCGUCAUCAGAGGGAACGACGACUUCUCCAGGGGGCUGGCGGCCAACUGCUCGGCUAGCCGGAGCCGGAAGCAGAGCCUGGACGUCAUCACGCCGGACGCCUUCGACAACAGGUACUUCGUGGCGCUGCGGAACAGGGAGGGGGUGCUCGAGUCCGACCAGGGGCUGGCCGACCACCCGCGCACCAGGGACACGGUCAGGGAUUACGCCAACGACCAGCAGAUCUUCUUCACACAGUUCCGCGCCUCCAUGAUGAAGCUCAGCCAGCUCAAGCCGCCGGCGGCGGCGGGCAGCUUUGAGAUCCGGCGCGACUGCUCCAGGCCCAACGCCCGUGUCGACGGCGAUGCAGAUGCCGGCCUUGCAGCCUCGGCCUGAUGAUGAAUGAUCCUAGCCUGCUUCUUGCAUUGCAAUAAUAAUCGAAUCUGUACUAGCUUAGUAUGUGCUAGCAGACGUCUUGCAUCUAGCUAGCUACUGAAUAUUGGUAAUUAGCAGUAGUUAAUUUGCUUCAUUCGCACACCGUUUUUCUCUGUGUAAUAAUAUCCGUGCGGUGGCGCGGAUCAAAUAUUACCAUCGAUCGCUGCCUGCUUUCAGUUCUUUCAAAAGAAAAAAAAAAUGCAUGCAUGUCUACUGAAUGCCACCGAUUUUAGUAGUC